CUUCCGCUCCAGUCAGAUGCAGAGAUCCAUUAGUUUGCUAGGCCAAGAAGAAGCGCCCAAGAGCACUAGAAUUUUACAGAACGAGAAAGGAGGAGAGGUAGGGCGAUCGAUGGACAUGAGCGGGGAUACGUAUCACUAUCAGCCGGCGGGGAUGGAGGAGGACGGUGUCGGCCGUGGCGAGCAGGUCCCGACGGCCGCGCCGGCGCUGAGCGCCAAGAAGCUGUGGCGCAUGGUGCGCGCCGUGCACCUUGUGCUCGUCAGGGGCCUCGGCAAGCACCAGCCCAAGCUCGCGGCGCUCGGCGUGAACCUGCACCACAUGCUGUCGUCGUCCAAGCGCCAUCACAACCACCUGUCGUCGACGCGGGACCAGGAUCCGGCGUUCACGACGUACCUGGCAGCGGCGUUCUCGUGCCGGUCCAUGGACCCGGGCGCCGCGGUGCACCCGUACCCGCGCGGCCGCGGCGUGCACAGUGGCAGGGGCGGCGCGUCCUCGCUCUCGUCCACGCUCUCGUGCCGGUCCAUGGACCCAGGCGCCGCCGUGUACCAGCAGUACCAGUACCGGCCCCGCGAGGUCGAGUUCAGCUGCAGCAGCCCGCCGCUGCACAGGCGCAGCCGCCGCGCGCACCGGCACCGGGGCCAGAGCCUGCUCCCGCAGCAGCAACACGGCGACCUUCCGGAGUACACCUCGGCUCCUGCGGUGAAGACGCUGUUCGAGCUGAUGGACGACGUGGAGGAGGAGGAGGACGUGGAGGGCGCGACGGUGCCUUGGGCGGCCGGGCGCGGGCCGGCGCCGCGGCAGGUGCGGAUCACGGACUCGCCGUUCGCGGCGAGGGCGGAGGACGACGAGGAAGGGCGCAAGGGCGUGGUCGACCGGCGCGCCGAUGAGUUCAUCGUGUGGUUCCACGACCAGCUGCGCAUGCAGCAGCAGCAGCGCCCCGCCGCGAGGGAUCGCGCCGCGCACUUUGUUAGAUGAUUACAGUACACGCCAUGCAUGCGCGCAUGCACGCAUGGGUAAUCAUAAUUCAUAAUUUUUUUUGCGGGGGAUAAUUCAUAAUACUCCUUGGAAUGUUGUUGUUUAGAUUUUGUCAUGGCGGAACAAGCUUAUUAGCGUCUCUGAUUUCAAUUUCCCCCCUCUCAUUUGGAUGAUGCCGUGAUAAUUAAUACUAGUAGAACUUCCGUA